AUGGCAACAGUGUCCCCGCUGCCGCCAACAGCUUCAGCGGUGUCAGCUGUGGUAUAUGAAGGCCGUCCCUUUGCUCUUUUCUUGGGUUGUGCGACCUUUUUUUUUUUUUCAGUCAGUCCAUCUCUUCGAGGGAGGUUUCAGUUGCAUCUUCAGCCGGUCCCUACAGGUGGGGCUUUCGGCUCCAUUAUUCUGUUUUCGCAGCGCUUGUUUGUGUUUUCGCGGUAA